AUGGGAAACUGCAUGGAAACAUGCUCACCACCAUGGUACCAAGAAGACAUAAAAGAGAAAGAAUGGUGUGGCCUUGAGAAGGAUGGUGUUUUUAAGGUUAAGGUAGUACUGACAAGAAGAGAGCUUGAAUGGUUGAUGCUCCAGCUUAAAGAUAAAAGGGAGAGAAGGUUACAUGAUUUGGUGAUGGAGAUAGAUAGAGAGAGGAGACAAUCUAUGAAGGUUCAAAAAUGGACACCUGCUUUGGCUAGUAUCAUGGAGUCUCCAGAAUUCCAAACUUUUGAAACAACCACUUGA